AUGUCGAACGAUUCAGCUCAGAAGCCAUUGUUACCGAAGGAGCAGCUAGAUCCCAUAGGUCAAGACUUCAACCAAAACUCAAGAACUUCUUCAAGAAAAAGAAGACUGCGUCGCUCUAGAAGCGCUCCUCGUGGUGAUUACACGUACAACGAUGACGAUGCCAAGAUCUACGAACCACCUCCUCCUCCAAGUAUAAUCCCAAUGUUCAGGGAUCUAAACCCGAAUCUCAGGCGAGUGAUCGUGCUCUUGGCUCUGUAUCUAACCAUCGGCACUCUCUGCUUCUACCUCGCGAGAAACCACAUCUCCGGUCACAAGACCAAUGCUGUGAUCGACGCUCUCUAUUUCUGUAUAGUAACGAUGACAACCGUUGGAUACGGUGACCUUGUCCCUAGCAGCUCUGCCUCAAGGCUGCUUGCUUGCGCCUUUGUCUUCUCCGGAAUGGUCCUCGUGGGUCACCUUCUAAGCCGAGCAGCGGAUUAUCUGGUGGAGAAGCAAGAGGCUUUGCUUUCUAGGGCUUUCCACUUGCGUCAGAACUUUGGUCCAGCAGACAUUCUCAAGGAGUUGCAUACUAACAAGCUGAGGUACAAAUGCUAUGUCACGUUCCUUGUCCUUGUAGUGCUUUUCCUUGUCGGUACGAUUUUCCUUGUGAUGUACGAGAAAAUGCCGGUUAUUGAAGCCUUCUACUGCGUUUGCUCCACGGUUACGACGUUGGGCUUUGGAGACAAGAGCUUUAACUCCGGAACAGGACGCCUUUUCGCUGUGUUUUGGAUCUUGACGAGCACUAUAUGCUUGGCUCAGUUUUUCCUCUAUGUAGCUGAGCUAAACGCAGAAUCCAAACAGAGGGAGUUGGUGAAGUGGGUUUUGACUCGGAGGAUCACAAACAGUGAUCUUGAAGCAGCUGAUCUCGAUGAAGAUAGAGUCGUCGAGUGA